AUGACUACGGUCUCCCUACCACCAUCGGCGCCUUUCCCAGUCACCGUGACGGCCAUUACAGCCAGACCAGGUGAAACCAUCUCGAGGUACGCGCCGUUGAUCAAAUACAGAUACUGGGACUACCAGGAAGACCCCAACUCGAAGGAAGAGACCCCGCCUAAGAUACGUGUGGAGAGGAUCGGGUCGUUUGAGAGUCCUAUUGAGGGUGAAAUUACUGAGGUUGCUGUUGACGUUGGCGAAGAAAUUACCCAUAGUGGCGUGAUCUUGUGUUCAAUCCAGGAACCGUGUACUCAUGAUGUUCAGUACGGUGGGCUCUGCGCCUUGUGUGGUAAGGCAGUGGAAGACGAGAAGGAUUACACAGGGUACAACUAUGAAGAUAGAGCGACCAUUGCCAUGUCUCACGAUAACACUGGGCUUCGAAUAAGUUACGAUGAGGCGACGAAGAUUGAGCAUAAUGCUACGGAACGGUUGGCCAAGGAGAAGAAACUUAUUUUGGUGGUCGACUUGGACCAGACAGUUAUCCAUGCCACCGUGGAUCCGACCGUGGGCGAAUGGCAGAAAGAUCCUCAGAACCCUAAUUACCCGUUUGUCAAGGAUGUGCAGUCGUUUUGUCUUGAAGAAGAGCCCAUGGUGCCUCCAGGCUGGAUGGGCCCUAGACCAGCGCCUACAAAGUGCUGGUACUAUGUGAAAUUACGUCCUGGCUUGAAGGAAUUUUUGGCGAACGUUGCCGAACGCUAUGAGCUUCAUAUCUAUACCAUGGCCACACGAAAUUAUGCUUUGGCCAUUGCAUCGAUCAUUGACCCUAAGGGCAUUUAUUUUGGCGACCGUAUUUUGAGUAGAGACGAAAGUGGCUCUUUGACGCAUAAAAACCUUAAGAGACUUUUCCCGGUUGAUCAGUCAAUGGUGGUGAUUAUUGAUGAUAGAGGUGACGUCUGGCAAUGGGACCCUAAUCUUAUCAAGGUGGUUCCAUAUGAUUUUUUCGUCGGCAUCGGCGAUAUUAAUUCCAGUUUCUUGCCUAAAAAGAACGGUCAGCUUGUUGGACCAACAAAGAAAAGAAAAAGUCUCGCCCGUCUUGAAGAAGCCAUGGGUGAUGAUGAUACAUCUGCAAAUAAACCAGUGGAAGUUGACGAGCGUCUUACGCAAAAUUCUACCCAAGAAAGCGAUAGUAUGGACGAUGGAAGUGAAAGCGAGCCCGAAAGCAGCCAGCCUCCAGAACAGGAAAAAGACCAAACGACAGACAAUACCAAAAACGGCCUGGAAAGCUCCGCUUCACCUCCAUCUGGAUCGUCUUCUCCUUCUGACGACUCCGCUGAAUCUGAUUCCCAUGAGUCUGACUCUGAAAGCUCUUCACCAGUUGACCGUAUGGUUGAUCUUGCCGGUGGAGAGAACAAUAAAAACUUGCUUCUUGAACAGCUGAUAACACGGACCCAAAACCUCGAACAGCAACAGCACGAUAGGCCGUUGGCCAAACUUCAAGAUAAAAUGGACCGCAUUGCCCAUGACCACGAGGACAGUUCUGUCUCCAGCAAAGAUGAAGAGGAGGAGCAUAUUUUGUAUGAUGACGAUGCUGAACUCAUAACAUUGGAGAAAGCUUUGAAUUACAUCCACGACCAGUACUAUAAGUCAUACGAUAUCUUCAAGAAAAACCAGGCCCUUGAGCGCCCUGAUCUUACAACAAUAAUACCGAGACUUAAACUUGAUUGUUUGAAUGGCAUUGUUGUCUUACUUUCAGGUAUUCUACCGUUGGGUAUGAAUAUGAACAACGCCGACAUCGUUAUCUGGUGCCGCCAGUUUGGCAUGAAGGUUGUGAAUGAAGUGUACCCUGAAGUCACUCAUGUUGUCUGUAGAGACCCCAACGCUUCAUACAUGAAGACUGGUCUCACUCUCAAGGUAAGAAUCGCUAAGAAGACAGUGCCAGAUGUGAAGGUGGUUAACCCUGACUGGCUUUUUGCGUGCUUGAGUCUGUGGAAAAAGGUUGAAGAGAGAGACUACUUGAUCGAGCUUCCGGAUCAGGACUGGUAUGUCUCCGAGAACGAUGUCACAAAGUACCAGACCGCUCUAGGCUCUCAGCAAGAAAGAGAAGAAGCACGCUCAGCCGCAGCCGAAAAUAGACCACGGCAAGGGUCCCUUUCAUCGAUUGAUGACUACGACUUUAGCGAGGCUAAUGCUGAGGUUGACGAUUUCUUGGCUGGCAUAAGUGAUGAUGAUGAAGACGGAGAGGAUUACGAGGCUGAGGGGGACGAAAGGCUGGGCGAAGAUGAUUCAGCGGUUAACGGCAGCGGAGGCGCAGGGGUCUCGUUCGUUAAAAGUCUUUAUUCGAACAAGCGCAAGGCACCGGAAGACGAAGAAGACGAAGAAGACAGUGCAGAAGAAGACGCAAGUGAUAACUACAGCAACGGUGACUACAAGAGGCAAAAGAUCGAGGCGCAUGAGGGAGACAACAUUGAUGAGCUUGAAAAAGAGCUUCUUGAUGAGCUUGACAAUCUCGAUGAAUAA